CGCCACAUCUGUUUUCACCUCCUCUCUUUUACUCUCAGUUUUCAUUCACCCAACUCUGUGUUCACAUCAAGGUUUGCUUUCUGAUGUUUCAGGAUGAAUGCAACAACCACGACCAUUGCUGAAGGUGCAACAGCUAACACAACUAAUAACACCAUCCCUUAUACCAGGACAGUCAAAAACCCCAUCUCAGGAUCACGACCUGAUUGGUUGCUCUACACAGUUCCUGCAUCAGCAUUUGUGUUUGGAAUUUUUCUGUUCGCCUACAUCUGCAAAACACAACAACGCAGGAAUGCAUCUACAGUGAAGAGGACACACACAAAUGGACAUGUUGCCACUUAUACUACUUUUGGGCACUCGGUGAGCGGCACUCAGAGGUGUAUGGAGAGCGCUGAAAACAACAAGGAUGAGACGCAGUCCUAUGAGAAUGUAGAGGCAGCUAUUUACAGCAAUCAAGACAAAGUCACAUAUUAUGUGUCUGCAGAUGAAGAUUAUCUGGACCCUGAUGCAAUUGGGGAAGAGGAAGGGGCGGGGCCAGAGGAACAUCAGAACACCCUACAACCGCCUAGCAAUUUGACAGACACCGAUGCAGAGUCGUAUGAGGACAUGGAGGGAUGUGUGUAUGCUCAACCCCGAAAACGGACACAGAAACUUCAGGAUGUGACUGAAGACGAGGACUACAUCAAUCCUGAUGAUGGAAAACAAGAUCCCACUCUGGACCACACAGACACUGAGUCGUAUGAACUCAUGGCCGAAUCAGACUGUAUAUACAACAACACAGACUUCACAGCAUCCCAUGACACCACAGAGGACGAUUCAUAUGAACAGAUGAUUGGAAUCCCAGCUCCGCUCCAGAAAGACAUGGAUGGAUAACAGAGGGUAAAUGAGAGAUACAGAGAAAUGGACAACUGCCAUGUCUGACGAUAAGAGAAACUGAGAGCUUUUUCUAUUAUAAAAACCUAUGAGAGCAGCUACAGGAUGAGUAAUUGCUAAGUUUACAAUUAUAAAUAUUCAUCAAAAACAACCUUAAAGUCAAACUGAAAUCAAAA